GAUAGAUAGAUAGAUAGAUAGAUAGAUAGAUAGAUAGAUAGAUAGAUAGAUAGAUAGAUAGAUAGAUAGAUCUGAUGUAGAAGUACAGAGCCAGCCUUCUUGAUGAUUUAUCAAGUCUGUUGGAGUCGCUGGCUCUGAUGCUGCUGCCCCAACACAAAGCAGCAUCAAGAAGAUGGCACUGGAAACAACAGAUUGGUGGAAGAUAUCCAACAUCUUGCUGCACACGUUGAAGGAUCUCAGCUUCCUCAAGAAAUAGAGUCUGCUCAUCCCCUUCUUCUACAGAGCCUCGGUGUUAGAUUUCCAGUCCAGUCUGUUGUCGAUCACCACUCCCAAGUAUUUGUAGUCCUCCACCUCCUCCCCCCUGAUCCGUAGUGGCUGUGAAGGCAUCCUCUUCCUCCUACCUAAGUCGAUCACCAUCUCUCUGGUCUUAUUGACAUUCAGACUUCAGAUAGGUGAUUCUGUUCGGACCACUCUAUAAAGCCGUCUACCAGUAUCCUUCACCCACCCUCUCCCCCUCUUAUUCACCCAACAACAGCUGAGUCAUCAGAAAACUUCUGCAGGUGACAUGCCUCAGAGUUGUACUGAAAGUCAGUGGUGUAUAAGGUGAAGAGGAAGGGAGAAAGUACAGUUCCCUCUGGAGCUCCUGUAUCACUGACCACCAUGUCAGACAGGACACUGCCCAGACGGACAAACUGUGACCUCCCUGUCAAGUAGUCAGUAAUCUAGGAGAUCAUAGUGUCUUCAACACCCACCGCCCGCUUCUCACCCAUUAGCAGAGGCUGAAUGGUGUUGAAAGCACUGGAGAAAUCAAAGAAUGUGAUCCUCGCAGUGCCCCCACCACCAUCCAGAUGCAUAUGGGCUCAUUGCAACAGGUAGAUGACGGCAUCAUCGACUCCUAAAUGUGGCUGAUAGGCAAAUUACAAAGGGUCCAAAAACAUCCUCACCUGUGGCCUCAGCUGGGCUAAGACCAGUCUCUCCAGGACCUUCAUCACAUGCGAUGUUAGGGCUACUGGUCUAUAGUCUGCUGGGUCGGAUGGCCUCGACUUCUUGGGGACUGGGACCAAGCAGGAGGUCUUCCACAGCAACGGGACUUUCUCCUGGCUCAGGCUCAGGUUGUAAAGAUUAGUGGCAGUUGUGGCCUAAUGGUUAGAGAGUCCACGUGACCAGAAGGUUGCCGGUUCGAUUCCCAGGGCCGGCGGGUAACAACCAGUGGCGGCCGGUCAAUAGGGGGCUCUGGGGCGCCGCCCCCUUAAAGUUAUCCAGAGAAGAAAGCUACUUUAAUAUGCCAACAAUAAGUUUAAUAUAUAUCGCAAAUUAAUAAUGUAAUAAAAUAAUUUAGUCGUACUAUUCCACCAUUAGUCAUAUUAUCAUUUAUUAAAAAAUCAAAAAAUCAAAAUUGUAUUUUGUUCAUACGUGUGCGGGGCGCCGGACAAACGAGUGUGUAUGUAGGCACGAACAUUUUUGAAAAGCAUGUGAUUUGAGGCUGAGCUCUAAUUGGCUUGUUUCAAAUCGUCCUUGGGGCGCAGAACCCUCCCACUUUUGUUGUAAGCGAAUCAAUAUUGUUUUUAUAUUUUUGGCCUCAUGUGAUUGGACCGUUCUUAACGCCUCUCAUUACCGCUCAGCAGAUUGUCAUUUGACUGACAGGUACUGAUUAACGUGGAAGCAAGCGAAAUUAUCUCGAGAUGAAAGAAAAUUCGGUUUUAUCUUUACAAGAAUACCCGUUCCAAAGGCGUUCGGAUGAAGAAAAAAAACGGAUCAAGGAGCUUGGACCAGAUCGACCCAACUUGCAAAUUCAGCAGCAGUCAAGUGAUCGCGGUCGAUCUUACACUCGGUGCUUUUCCGGCACUUCUUAUGGAAAACGGAGUUGGCUAGCUGGAUGCGAUGUAAGUCAUGCCUUUUAUUGUUUUCCCUGUUUGCUGUUUCAAAGUCUUGGCACCGAAACGUUGUGGACAACAACAGGGGUUUGCGAUUUAAAACAUCUCUCUGAUAAGUGCAAGCGACAUGAAAGUAGCCGCAGCCAUCUUGACAACGCUAUGAGGCUCCAGUUUUUUGGGAAGCUUAGCAUUGCUGAACAGCUAGAUGAAGGCUACAGGAUUGGCAUUAGAAGGCACAAUGAAGAGGUCACAAAAAAUCGACACAUCCUGUCUAGAAUAAUAGACUGUGUAAAAUUUUGUGGCGCAUUUGAGCUGGCUUUGCGUGGCCACAAUGAGAGCGAGAGCUCAGAUAACCCCGGGAUAUUCCGUGACUUGGUCGACUUUGUUGCUUCUCUUGAUGGAGUUUUGAAAGAGCACCUCGAGAAUGCCUCUGUGUUUAAGGGAACUUCGAAAACCGUGCAGAACGAGCUGUUGGACUGUAUGUUGUCUGUUAUGAGGGAACACAUAAUCCAAGAAGCACAAAACAGCGAUUUUCUAUCAAUCCAGGCCGACGAGACCACCGAUAUUGCCACACAGUGCCAACUUGUGCUUGUGCUGCGCUACAUUGAUGGCAAAAGCAACGUACAGGAGAGGUUUUUUGCUUUUAUUCAUCUGCAUUCAACUACAGCUGAUUCCAUCGCUACAGCACUAAAAGAGCAUCUUACUGUCAUCCUUCCAGAGGAUCAGAAGAGUAAACUCAUCUCCCAAGCGUAUGAUGGAGCCAGCGUGAUGAGAGGUGCCACUGCAGGUGUUCAAAGGAAGAUUCAAGAUGUGUACCCAAAUGCCCAUUACAUCCACUGCUAUGCUCAUCAGCUCAAUCUAAUAAUGCAAAAGGCCACUUCUCACAUACCCAAAGUUAGAAUUUUUUUUUCUAACCUUGGAGGAUUUGCCAGCUUUUUUUCAAGAUCACCCAAGCGCACAGAUGUUCUUGAUAAAGUAGUUGCCCAUAGACUACCAACAUCAAGCAGUGUUAGAUGGAACUUCCACAGCCGUGCCAUCAAUACAGUGUUUGAGCACAGAGAGGGCCUCAUUCGCUGUUUUGAAACUAUUCGAGACUCAGGUGACUUUGACCCUGUUACCACCAGAGAGGCAGGAGGCUUUGCCAUGCUGCUGGAGGAUCAGGAUUUUAAUUUUUUUCUGCAACUUUUCCACAACAUCAUGCCACACGUGGACAUCCUCUAUGCCAAACUCCAGAAGAAGGACAUAGAUUCAGUCCACAUUAAGGGGAGCAUCCAGCAGUUCCAGCAGGACAUACAGAAGAUCAGAAAUUCUCUCCAUUCUCUGGUUAACCAAAGCAGUGAAGGAGCUUCUCAACCAAAGAGGCGGCGGUUGCUUAGUCCAGACGUCCAUGAACGGAUUGCAACAGAGGUCUGUGACACCAUACUCCAACACACCAUGGAACGGUUCUGCUUCACAAGCCACCUCGUUAGUGCCACCCUGCUGCAAGCAGACAGGUUUGAACAGUACACAGUGGCGUUUCCUGAAGAUGCACUGAGUAGGACUUUGAAGGCCUAUCCAGUGCUCAAUGGGAGUAAGCUAAAGACAGAGCUUAGUCUCAUCUACUGCAAGGAAGAGUUCAGAACCUGUUGUGGUGCUGUGGACCUACUGCAGCUGUUUAAGGAGAACAAUCUUGAAGAAGUCUUUUCAGAGACUGUCACUCUCCUAAAGAUCCUCAUCACCACACCCAUGACCACAGCAGAGGCUGAGAGGUGUUUCUCAACUUUGAAAAGAGUUAAGACUUUUCUGAGAAAUAGCAUGACCCAGGAGAGACUAAAUGCAUUGGCCAUGCUGUCAAUGGAGAAGAGAAUGGUGACUGAGAUCAUUGACUUUAACCAGAAGGUCAUUGAGAAAUUUGCAAGUCAGAAAGAAAGGAGAGCAAAAUUUAUUUUCAAAUAGUGUUAAUGGCCAAUGAUUAGGUAACUAUAGUGUGUUGUGUUUUUUUUAAUGAUUACCUUGAUUACUUCAUUACUGAUAAUAAACCCACAUUCAAUUCAAAUUCACUGAUUCAUAGUACAUUUAUUUGCAUGUAUUAACAUUGACUGUAAUAAUGAUACAUCACCUGAUUAAUGGCUAUUUAUAGUCCUGCAUUACUGACAGUUGUUGUUUGCG